GUAAGACAGAGACAACACAUGCAGGUAUCACGUCCUCUUAAAAUUAAAAUAUAAAUUGUUUAAUGUUUAGACUCAAUACCAUUGUAACUGAAAUGAGUAUUAUGGGCCCUAUACACAGGUUUAUACGAGUCGCAGGGUGUGCCCUGGCACACCAGGCACACCCUGUAGAUUCGCCUAUGACCAAAAGUACCAACUUUCCUACCAAAAAAUAUGUUCGACGCUGAAAAUCAAAAUUUUCUUACAUACCUAAAACGUGUAGACUUUAGGUAUACAUUUAUGCAUACACAAAAAACGCAUAGGUACAUAGAAAAAUCAAUACAUUUAUCGCUCUUCUCAGAAUCUAAAAUGUAGGGGACUGAUUUUUAACUAACCUAUGUUAUUUACCUAUAGAGUUUGAGCAGAAUGAUGAAUGUAUUGCUACAGGUGUAUAUAGACAUUUGAUGUUUUUUUCCUACAAAUGUCGAUACAAAUUUUUUCGCUUAGUUUAAAAGCUUAAAAAUGUAAUAUGCUAAGUUUCUUUUAAGUUGUUAUCAUAACUUAAGUUUUUAAAGUUUAAAUUUUAAAUUUUGGCCAAAUUACGAAAAUGUUGCCAACAGUUUUUUAGUUAAACAUUGAAUCGAUAAAUGUAUACUAAAUUGUUAUUAUCGGUGGGGGGGUAUGAGCGAUAUGACCCCGUUAUCACAGCUGCAGCAAACACUAUGCAUUCAGUUUUUCUAUUUCCCUCGAUACAAAAAUACUGAAGACGUGACCGAAUGACCCUGUUUAUAUUAUAAAUUAAACGGGUAUAAUAUAUUUUAAUUGAAUACAAACUAAACUAUUAUUUACCAUAGAUCACAUUUGAAAACUCACAUUAUGGCAACAAAAUGGGGAAUACUCAGUGCUUCCAAAAUCUCCCACGAUUUUGUUCUAGCUUUAGAAACAUUAUCAGCUGAAGAUCAUAAAGUAGUGGCUAUUGCUGCUAAAGACAUAUCUAGGGCCAAAGAUUUCGCAGAUAAUUUUGGUAUCUCUACCUAUUACGGUUCUUACGAAGAACUUGGCAAUGAUUCCAAUGUCGACGUUGUUUAUAUUGGCGCUCUUAACCAUCAGCACUAUUCAUUGACCAAAUUAAUGCUCGAAAGUUGUAAGCCCGUGUUAUGUGAAAAACCGUUUUGUAUUAACGCCAAGCAACUCGAUGAAUUAAUAAAACUAUCAAAAGCUAAACAAUUAUUUCUAAUGGAAGCUAUGUGGAGUCGUUUUACACCAGCCUAUCAAAAAGUAGUCGAAGAAGUGCAAAACGGAACUAUCGGUACAGUCUUACAUGUGCAGGCCAACUUUGGUAGACAAAUGUCGAACAUCGAAAGAAUUUGGAAAAAGGAUGUGGGAGGAGGCUCAAUACUUGAUAUUGGUGUUUAUACGCUGCAUUUAAUUGAUACAAUACUUGGGCCCGGCAAACCAGUAUUCAUAGAAGGUAAAGGAACAUUAAAUAGUCACGGGACAGAUGAAAACAUGUCUGCCAUCCUCGAAUAUCCCGAAGGAAAAAUAGCCGUCAUAUCAGUACACACUAAAACGGAAAUGGACUGUUCAGCUUACAUACAUGGAACUAGGGGCACAAUCAAGAUUCACGAACCCUUUCACGCCUCAAAAAAAGUAACAGUUAAUACAACCAGCCAUACCUCAAAUUAUACAUUUGAACAACCAAAUACAAGAAAACCCACAAUAUUUUCAAAUAGUGUUCAGUUACGUUAUGAAAUAGAUCAUGUCAGACAUUGUUUAAAGAAAGGUUUUAUUGAAUCGCCAGUUGUUACUCUAAAUAAUAGUUAUACCGUGCAAGAAAUAAUGGAUCGACUGAGAAAUCAAAUUGGUGUAUACUUUGAAGAUUAUGAUACUUCAUCCUGAAUUGUUGAAAUACGUAUAAAUUACCUAGCUACUAUGAGGUAUAUAGGUAUAUUGUACUUGUACAUACCAUUUUAAUUUAUAGCUAGUUAUACCAUCUGGCAAACUAUUGUGAUUCAUUUUCAUAAAUUAGCCACAACAUUUUCAAAUUAAUCUGAAAAUAUUUUCAGUCAAACCCUCAUACUGCAUAGUAUAAUAAAUAUUAAUUA